UGUUGUUGGAGUGUGAUUGCAGUGGUUCGAUCUAGAAUUUGUACAAAAUGCUCAAUAACCCAGCCAAGCUGACGGAAAACAGUGUGGGUUGCCGAAUCGAUCUGAUGACGAUUCCGCUGGAAGCACUAAGUCCACGGUCACGCGAGCUAGUGGCCGAGUUGCUUAAUCAACGACGCAUAUUUACUUCCGAGGAUGGUUACUUUCGCGACUGGCGCGGCGCUUUCGAUGUAAUCGGACUUCCGAAAAGCUAUCUGGCGCUUGUAACGGCGAACGUCAACCCAACCGGUUAUCUCCUUGAUUUGUGGACAAAAGAGUCCGACCAGUGCAAGCGCUCGGCACACUUGGGCACCUUGCAACAUGUCCUUGGUUACAUCGAUCGGUGGGAUAUUGUGGAUGACACUUCAAAACUGUUUGAGCAAGAUGCCGAACAGUUUCUGUUGAAAGAACAGAAACAACUGACGAAACAAAUGAAAACUGGUUCGAAGGAACAACCGGAAGCGGACGACUACGACAUCAUCACGAAGGACGACACGUACGAUCACAAACAGCAGUAUGAUGCGUUCAUCCUAUACGCAGACAGGGAUAUCGAAUUCGCCUCGAAAAUGGUGGACCGUUUGGAAGGGCGCGGAAUGCGCCUCUGUCUAAAGGAUCGGGAUCUACUGGCCGGAAGCAACUGUGAGCACGAACUGCUGACACGGCUUAUCUCGGAACGCUGCCGGCGGUUGGUGGUCAUUUUUUCGAAAGCAUUCGUACAAAGUCCCAUGAACGCGUUCGUCGUCACAUACGCCCAGGCAUUGCAGAUUGAAAAGCGGGUACGCAAAGUUAUUCCGUGCGUUUAUGAAGAGUGCGAGCUUCCACAGCAUUUGAAGUACACGUUCCGCCUAGAUUACACGCGAAAACAGAAGCUGUUCGAUUUCUGGGACAAAUUAGCCAAAUCCAUUAGCGACCCGGCGAAAGCUACCGUACAGGACGUGACACAACCGGUUUUGGAAGUUGAUGCAAAUAGCUUGAAAACAUUGCCGACGAUUUCACCGUCAGCCGUUAAAGUAAGCGACGAGGAGCCGACGACACUGAUAGUCAAGAUGCCAUCCACACAGGAGAUGAAAACGAUUGGGACGAAAAAAUCACAUUCCAUCUGGAGCCGACUUUCGCCGUUUAGUCCGCGAAAGGACAAGCUUAAUCGCAGUAUUUCUCAGCUCGCUGUAAACGAGGUCAGCCCGAGUUCGACCACCGAACGGAACCCGCCGAAGGGUGCUAAAAAGGGAGAUCAGAAACUAUCCUCGUUAAUAGUCCGUUCUUCGUCCUCCGUGGCGUUGGCUGAGCACGAAAAAGCGGCAUCGAAACCCAAAAGAAAAUGGUACAAAUCUUUGGGUCAUAAAAUUGCUACAACCGCGUAAUGAAACGAAUGGCUGAAUGCGGCCGGGAAACAAAUACAGAGUGCUCCCGAUGGAUACGAACUUUUUAAAUAGUGAAUCAGUUUGUAAGCUUAUGAUAACUUCCAGUGCCUUGGUAAAGUGCAAUUUUAUGUAAAACACAAAGAUUCAUAUUUCGGGUGAUGUACGGUAUUGUACAAACAGGGAACGCGCAAAAUAAAACU